AAAAUCAGCUAAACAGUGACAGUACAUUUGUUUCGUGUUGCUGUAGGAUGUCUGACAACGCAGAAUCUCCCACAGAAAAUCAAAAAGAUGAGCCUUCUACACAACACACUGUCACUGAACACACGGGAUCAUCGGAUGAAAAGAAAAAGAUUGAUAUACUGUUAAAGGCAGUCGGUGAUACACCCAUCAUGAAGACAAAGAAAUGGUCUGUAGAGAGAGGAAGAACAAUACAGUCACUCUCUCAGUUCAUCUCACGCUUCCUCAAGCUGGAGCCUAGUGAACAACUGUUCAUUUAUGUCAAUCAGUCAUUUUCUCCAUCACCAGACCAAGAAGUGGGUGUGCUCUUUGAGUGUUUUGGAAGUGAUGGAAAACUGGUUCUCCAUUAUUGCAAGUCCCAGGCCUGGGGAUGAGCUGGUUCUCCAUUUCUUGACCUCUUUCUGUCUUUUUCAUGUGUACACUUGCGCGCACACACACACGGCAUCAAAACCCAUUUACACAUCUUUUUUUUUAACUUAUUGAUUUUUCAUGUGUUGUUAUUGUAAAUAAUAAAGUGUAAAUAAUAUUGUUAAA